CUCAGCGCAUCCCGUGUGUGUGUGUGUGUGUGUGUCAGAUCUGAUGGGAGUCAAAGCGGAUCCAGGUGCAGCACCAACACACAGCAGACCGCUUGUUUUAUUUCAUUGUGCAAUGUGAUCUCUGUCGCGUGAGCUUUUACUUUACACGGAAAGAAGCGGAGGUGGAGAAGAGCAAUUGGACCUGGAUAUAUCCGUUUUGUUGUUGUUGUUGUUCAUUUGGGGGAAUACUACGAAAUCACGCUGGUAUCCUAAUUGGAUUGGACUGGACUGGACUGGGCUGGAGCGGGCUGUGAUGUGGGACAACGUCCGAAAUACGAUAAAGCAUCGUGGAUGAGUCGGAGUCUGAGUGUAAUUGUGGUCGGCUUUGUCGUUCGUCUUCGGCCCCCGGAUACGCAUUUUUCUGAGGGAACCCAUCAGGGCAGAUAGGGGGAGAUAUAGACGUAGGGGAGAACGCAUCAGAGCUGGAAAGCCCAGAGUGCUUAAUAGACGGAGAGAGAGAGAGGGAGAGGGAGAGGAAGCAAGGAACAUUAAAUCAUGCUGCCUUCACAAGAAGCCUCCAAGAUCUAUCACGACAACUACAUGCGCAACUCGCGGGCCAUCGGCGUGCUGUGGGCCAUCUUUACCAUCUGUUUCGCCAUCAUCAACGUGGUGGUGUUCAUCCAGCCCUACUGGAUAGGCGACAGCGUCAACACGCCGUACGCCGGCUACUUCGGCCUCUUCCACUACUGCAUGGGGGAGGGAAGCUCGAACCGAGAGCUCAGCUGCCGGGGCACGUUCUCCGACAUGAGCUCCAUGCCAUCAGGCGCCUUCAAGGCCGCCUUCUUCUUCGUGUUGCUCUCCAUGGUGCUCAUCCUGAGCUGCAUCGCUUGCAUGGCGCUAUUCUUCUUUUGCAACACAGCCACCGUGUACAAGACGUGCGCCUGGAUGCAGCUGCUCUGCGCUGUGUGUCUGGUGUUCGGAUGUAUAAUUUUUCCUGCUGGCUGGGAUGCAGAGGUGGUUCAGGACUUAUGUGGUGAGGAAACAGGGAAGUAUACACUGGGGAACUGCUCAGUGCGCUGGGCCUACAUCCUGGCCAUCAUCGGCAUCCUGGAUGCACUCAUCCUCUCUUUCCUUGCCUUCGUCCUCGGGAAUCGCCAGAGUGACUUCCUUCAAGAUGAAAUCAAGGCCGACAAUAAAGACUUUGCAGUAUCGAGGAAACCUCCAGCGGCACAUGCUUCCCUCCUGGAAAAUGCAAAUGCCUUGAGAUGUCAGCAACUGCACCUGACCUCCACACUCCGAAUGGAUGGUAUUGAGAUCCGUGACACCAAGGAUCCUCGUUUCGGAGUGCAGCGGUUCCAUUAAAGAGAUGCCACCUCCUCUUCUUUCUUCUCUUCCUUCUUCAUCCCCGUGUCCUUCUCUCCUUGUCCUCUCAGGUCUGCGUCUCUGACCUCAGUUAGGAAGCUGCUAGCUCAGCUCUUUGUAAUAUAGGACUGGCCUGGAGCACACUACAAAAAGAGAACCUAUUCUACAUACAUACACAGAUUUAAAGAGAAUUUAAAAUCAAGACAAAAAUCUAUUAAAAACAAAUCAGCUUUACAAAUCCAACAACUCUGGGAAAAUGACGAACCUUCAAAGUAUUAUUAUUCUAUGUUAUUACUAUGAUUACAAUGUUACAGUGAUAAUUAUGCUUGCAACAGCAGUAUUAUGUUCAAAUUUACAUAUUUUAUCUAAAACGGGAAAAGCAAUUGUUUCUAGCUUUAAAAAAUACAUUCUAAUAAUGAAUUAAUGCAUAUGUAUAAGUGCUUGGGUGCUACUAGAGACACAGAUGUA